AUGCUGGAACAGGAAGUCGACGAAAAUAACAGAAAACGGAAGUCUAUGGCGAAGUCUUGGAGAUGCCUUCAUCCAGUAGUGGAUCCAGAAAGGCUCAUGAUGAUGUCGCCGGUCGUCGACCAGUCAUCGUUGAGCGAGUGCACCUUUCGAAAGCGAUGUGACCACUGUGACCGGGGUCAGACAUUUACUCCAUGCAUCGGACGCGGGAUCCCAGCGAUCAAAUUCCGUUAA